AUGGCGCAGAGAAACGGUGGUGGUGGUGGUGGUGGGAAACAGGCUACUUUGGGGUACGUUAGAGAUCCGCAGUUGAGUAUCGGGAAGUUCUUUGCUGCCAAUGAUGGUUCCGCAUCUGUUCCGAAAAAACAAUCUACCCUGGCAUUUUCAUCUGGGACAAGGGACAAAAAGAAACAGGAGAAAACCGCCACAGAAACGAAUGAUGAAAAGUUAAGUAAUGGGGAGAAAGAUGUUGAAAUGAGUAAUGUUGAGGCUGGUGAAGAGUCAAAGGGCGACAGCCCUCCUCCUGCUGCGGGAAAGGAGGAAUCGGAUGCAAAUAGCGGAUCUGAGAAGGUACAGAGUAGCAGCAGCGAGAACAGCUCUCCUAGAUCCAAGAAGCUAACACGAGAUAAAACCCCGGUGGAAGAGGAGAGCGAAGAGUCUGACAUUCAGCCGGUUACCAAGAGACGAAAGUGGUCUACACCAGAGAAAAAACGCGCAUCUGCAAAGCCCAAGACUGCUGACAGAGAGCCUGUUGCUUCCAAAGCUAAAGGUCAAAAUAAAUCACCAAAAUCCCCGAAGAAAGUGAAGGAACCCGUUGAUGAAACCAAGGAAUCCUCAUCCGCCGGAAAGGACGAUGUUGAUUCUGUAAAUGAUGAUGAAAUAGGAGAAGAGACGCCAGAAGUUGCUCAGAAGGAUAGAGAAACAGUGCAGCAGGUAUUGAAAUCAAGUGGGAAGGAUCCCUAUCCAGACUGGAAAGCUGGAGAACCAGUUCCAUAUGCCGCGCUCUGCACCACUUUUUCCCUCAUCGAAAUGACUACAAAACGGCUGGUUAUAUUAUCCCACUGCUCUCUUUUCCUUCGUCAAGUGCUCCGCCUUACCCCAAAUGACCUCCUCCCAACCGUCCAGCUAAUGCUAAACAAACUCGCUGCUGAUUAUGCCGGCAUCGAACUCGGAAUUGGCGAAUCGCUCAUCAUGAAGGCCAUUGGAGAAUCUACAGGCCGCAGCCUGGCAGUGAUCAAAGCAGACCAGCAUGAAAUCGGCGAUCUUGGACUUGUAGCUGCCAAGAGCCGCUCAAACCAGCCAACCAUGUUCAAACCCAAACCAUUGACUGUUCGAGGGGUUCAUGAAGGUCUUCUUGCAAUUGCUAGGACACAAGGCCAUGGAUCUCAAGACAAGAAGAUUUCAGCUAUUAAAAAGCUGCUAUCGUCUGCGGAUGCUGCUGUGGCAGGAAAGGGGUCGAAAGGCAUUGACAUCACGCACAACAAGGGCGGGCCAAGUGAGGCCAAAUUUAUCAUUCGUUUCCUUGAAGGUAAACUACGUCUGGGUCUUGCUGAAAGGACGGUACUCGUGGCACUCGCUCAUGCGAUGGUGGCCCACGAGGUUGAGCUGCAAGGGAAAAAAGCACCUGCUACUGAACAACUGGCGAAAGGUGAAGAGAUUCUUAAAUCUGUGUAUAGUGAACUUCCUUCAUAUGAAGUUAUUAUUCCGGCUAUGCUUGAGCACGGAAUCUUCAAUUUGAAGGAUAAAUGUAAAUUGCAACCUGGAGUGCCGCUGAAACCUAUGUUGGCUAAACCAACGAAAUCCAUCACUGAGGUUCUCGAUCGCUUCGAAGGUAAAAACUUUACGUGUGAGUAUAAGUAUGAUGGUGAAAGAGCACAAAUACAUUAUAUUAGUCGGGAGGCAAUCUCUGAAUGUCGUGCGACGGCCUCAACCCUACAGAAAGACGGAGGGGGCGUAUGUGCCAUUUUCUCUCGCAAUUCUGAAGACUUGUCAAAGAAGUACCCGGAUAUCCUUGGCAAACUAGAGAACUGGGUUAAGAAGGGCACUAAAAGUUUUGUGCUGGACUGCGAAACAGUGGCGUGGGAUGUUGUGGGCAAGAAGGUUCUGCCAUUUCAGCAGCUUAUGACGAGGAAGCGGAAGGAUGUCAAAGCGGAAGAUGUCAAGGUUAAAGUCUGUGUGUUUGCGUUUGAUUUGCUAUUUCUGAAUGGAGAACCCACCGUUAAGAAAACCCUUCGAGAACGAAGAAGUCUACUGCAUGAGGCGUUUGUACCCGUUGAAGGCGAGUUCGUCUUCGCCCAGCAUGGUGAUACCAAUGAUCUCGAGGAAAUUCAGACAUUGCUCGACGAGAGUGUUAAAGCAUCCUGUGAGGGCCUGAUGGUGAAGAUGCUUGAUACUGAAGAAAGCGGAUACGAACCCAGCAAACGGAGCCGGAAUUGGCUCAAGGUUAAAAAAGACUACCUAGCCGGAAUCGGCGAUUCUCUCGACCUAGUCGUACUGGGCGCCUAUUACGGACGCGGCAAACGCACAUCCGUCUACGGCGCUUUCCUCCUCGCCGCCUACAAUCCCACCACCCAAAACUACGAAACAAUCUGCAACAUCGGCACCGGCUUCUCCGAAGCGCUCCUCGAAGAACUAUACAGCGCUCUCUCCCCACUCGUCAUCGACCGUCCUAAACCUUUCUACGACCACUCCUCCGUCCCCAAGGACCAGCCGGACGUCUGGUUCGAGCCCAAAUAUGUCUGGGAAGUCAAAGCGGCGGACCUGACGCUUAGUCCGCGCUAUAAGGCUGCCGCCGAUGAGAUUUUGGGCAGCGAGAAUGGGGCCGCUAAGGGCAUUUCGCUCCGGUUUCCAAGGUAUAUUAAGAGUCGGGAGGAUAAGAAACCUGAUGAGGCGACGACGACGAGAACUGUGGCGGAUAUGUAUAGGAAGCAAGAAAGUGUGGCGAAUGUUGCGCCUGCAAAAGGGGGGGUGGAUGAUGAUUUUGAGUAUUGA